AUUAAUUUAUUAACCAAAAUAAAAAAACCUAAACAUGGAUGGGUUUAAUGGAAAAUUAACCCAAAUUAAGCUCCCAAUCCUUUCCCUAAACACCACUUCGCAACCCCAAAUUUACACUUCUGCUACUGCCGCCGCCAUUUCUGCUCCCAUUUUCAACCUCCCAUACUGCUUAGUUUCAAGAUAUGGGGACAAAUCAAUGGAAUACGUAGAGCCUGCAGUUUGCGUGGCAAAUUGUCUCGGAACUCCGAUUUGCAAAUACUUGCAGUACCAUAGAAAGCUGAAUAAUUAUCUGAGGAACUUGAAGAGAAUCAGAGAUGAACUGAAUAGUCAAAUGGAAGAUAUAGAGAUGCUAUUGAAAGCAGAGCUGCUUCAUCAUGUGGGGAAGAUACCAAAGAAGGGAGUUGAAAAUUGGUUAGAAAAUGUGAAAAUGAUGAUUAGAGAAGCACAAAAUGUUGAAAAUAAAGUUGGAAAUGGGGGAUAUCUUUGCCGUGCAUGCAAUGGAAAGUUGGUUGAUAAAAUGACUCGAGGAAUGCAGAAAUUUCUUGAUAAAGCUCCUAAUCUCUGUCAAAGUCUUGUCAUUGAUGGUCCAAGUGGUGGGUUGCCACUGCUAACAUCUGAACUAGUUGGUGAGGAAGCUGUGAGAGAGGAGAUUUGGUUAUGUUUGAUGCAGGAGCAAGUGAGCAAGAUUGGGGUUUGGGGGAUGGGCGGCGUGGGUAAAACGACCAUCAUGAAGCACAUCCACAAUGAUCUUUUGAAAGAACAACAAUUUGAAAGGGUGAUUUGGGUUACUAUAUCAAAGGAGUUCGAUAUUGUGAAGUUACAAGAUGAUAUUGCAAGUGCAUUGAAUGGGUAUAUGCCCAAAGAAGGAAACAAGGUCAGACGAGCUGCAAUCUUAUCAGAACUUCUGAAGAAAGUAGGAAAACAUGUUAUAAUCCUAGAUGAUGUGUGGGAUAAUGUCUCUCUAGAGGAAGUUGGGAUCCCUGAGCCGAGUAGCAGCAAUGGAUGCAAGUUGGUGCUGACAACCCGUGUGGAGCAAGUUUGUAAAUAUAUGGAAUGUAAGGUGAUAAAAGUGAAGCCCCUUUCAAAAGAAGAGGCAUUGACACUAUUCUUGAAUAAAGUUGGACCAAACAUAUUGCAAAGUCCAACUUUAAUGCCAACUUUGAGGCUUGUUGUCAAGGAAUGUGCAGGUCUGCCUCUUACAAUUGUCGUCAUAGCUGGUACCUUGAAAGGAGAAGAUGACCCUCGUAUAUGGAAAAAUGCACUCAAGGAUUUGAAAGAGAGAAUAGGGAAAGUGGAAGGAGUGGAAGCUGAAGUGACCGAGCGUUUGAAAUUUAGUUUCAAUCACUUAAAAGACGAGAAAAUGAAGCAUUGUUUCUUACAUUGUGCAUUAUAUCCUGAAGAUUAUUCAAUUUGGAAGGAUGAGCUAAUCGAAAGUUGGAUUGAUGAAGGCUUCAUAGAUGAAAUGGAUACAAGACAAGAAAUGAAAGAUAAGGGCCAUGCUAUUUUGAAGAAGUUGGAGGAUAACAGCUUGUUGGAAAAUGUUAGCUAUUCAGAUCACAAAGUGAAGAUGCAUGAUGCAGUAAGAGACAUGGCAUUAUCCAUCACAAGUAUGAAUCCUCGAUAUAUGAUACAAGCAGGUUUCCAAUUAAAAAAGUUACCGAAGGAGGAGGAAUGGACGGUGGAUAUUGAGAAAGUGUCGCUUAUGGAUAACUCCAUAUCGGAGAUUUCCAUAGAUAUAGUUCCUCUAAAAUGCCAACGGCUCACAACUUUGUUACUGCAGGACAACCCUGUAAAGAAGAUUUCAGAUUCUUUUUUUGCAAACAUGCCUUGUCUGAGCGUUCUUAAUUUGUCCUCCCCGAAGAUCAAGUGUUUACCAAAGUCAAUCUCUGAAUUAAAGAAUCUCACAGCAUUGUUGCUUUGUGGUUGUGAAGAAUUAAGUCAAUUGCCUUCUCUUUCGAAGCUUCAAGGAUUGAAGAAGUUGGAUCUUAGCUAUACAAUAAUUGAAGAAGUACCUGAAGGCAUGGAUAUGUUGAUAAAUCUAAGGUAUCUUGAUCUUAACGUGAGGACUUUAAAAGAUGUACCCACUGGACUUUUACCAAAACUCUUUUGCCUUGAGCACUUUAAAUUAUACAGAGGUAAGAAAAUAAGCCUAAAGGCAGAGGAGGUAAUGCCGUUGGAAAAGUUGGAAUUCUUUUAUGGGCGUUUCGAAGACCUGCAUGAAUUGAAUAAGUUUGUGUCCUCAAUGCAACAAUGCAAGAAAAGCCUCGUCAAGUACCUAUUACAAGUGGGCUCAUCUCCUUGCAUGUAUGAAGGAGAUAAAAUCAUAUCAAUCAAUGAACUCGAGUAUUGUGGAGAUGAGUUAAUUAUGCUACCAGCUGAUAUUCAAGAGUUGCACAUUUGCAACUGCCACAAUUUGAGAAGCUUAAGUGAAGAUAUUUCUUCCUUCAAAAAUUUGAUGGACUUGAGGGCUUCUAUAAUUAUGGAUUGCCAAGGGAUAGAGUGUGUUGUCUCCUUGUCCUCUUUUUCCUCUUCUUGCACUCAUCCAUUCCAAAGCCUCGAGCUGUUGUCUCUUUCCCGAUUGCCAAAGUUGAGUGAACUUAUCAAAGUUGAAGAAUUUGGUUCAGCAACAACAACGAUAUUAACUCUGUCUGCCAUUUUUUCCCAUCUUAAACAAAUUUAUAUUCACAACUGCUCGAGUAUGAAGACAUUGCUUCCACAUUGGUUGCUUCCCAACCUCUGGAACCUAGAAGUAAUUCAAGUGAAAUCUUGUGAUGAGCUAGUAGAAAUAUUAGCAGCGCCAACAUCAGAAGAUGAAGACAAAAGAAGUGAUGCGUCAAUCAAGUUCCAUCUUCCCAAACUGAGAGUGUUGAGACUGAUGAAAUUACCAAAAUUGAAGAGCAUCUGUAGCAAAAGUGGAGUGAUGAUUUGUGAUUGUCUUCGACGUAUCAACAUUAAUAAUUGUCCUAAAAUAAAGAGAAUCCCUCCAUUUGUUCCCCUUGUUGGCAAUGGGCAGCCAUAUGCAUAUGCUCCACCUUCUCUUAAGAUCAUGUCAAGCAAAAAAUGGUGGGAAUCACUGGAAUGGGAUGACCAUCCACACUUUAAAAUCGUUCUUCAACCCCUUUGGGAGGUGAAGCAUUGGUAUGAUUGAUGGGUACAUUUUUACAUGAAAUGGAUGAAUUGAUCAACAAAGAAGUAAGCCUCAUUCUUUUAUAUUUUUUGAUUAAAAUAUAUUUUUAGUCCCUAUACUUCGACAAAAUUUGAGAUUUCGUCCUUGUACUUAAAAUGUAAAAAAUGAUUAGUAGCCAUUGUCAGAAUGAAACAUUUUGCCACGGUUUGUUUUUAUGCAUAGCCAGAUGGAAUUAUUCUGAGUUUCCCUUACGUUUAUUCUUUUAGCAUUUUGAUUAAGUGAUUUUUUUGUCAAUUAGGCCAAUAUGAUUUUGGGCUUUCCGUUUAGGGAAAUGCUCAAGUUAGGUGUUCAACCUGAUGUUAUUACAUUUUCCACUUUGACUAAUGGACUUUGUAAUCUUAGGUGGUGGGUUUGUUUGAUGAAAUGAUUGAAAAAGGGUAUCAACUUCUUUUAAUUGCUUACAAUACAAUGCUAAUAAAGCUGUUGGGUUUCUAAGUAUGAUGGAAGGAAGAGGUUUUGAACCCCAAAAUUGUGGUAUUAGCACUGUCAUUGGCUGUCUUUGUAAGAACCGCUUGUUAAAGGAUGCUCUUUCUCUUUUCUUGGAAUUGAAGGUUAAGGGCAUUAGAUCGAUAUUGUUAUUACCAAUUGUUUAAUUUAUGGUAUGUGUAAAUUGAUCAAAUGUUGUUAUCUACAACUUCAGAAAUCAUCCCUUCCUUGCUUAAUUCUUGGUAUGAGUAAUCACAUUGCAAGGAGGUGAUGAUUUUUGAAGCUUUAGAUACCAUUGACACAAUGAACAAGCAAGUCAUUGCAAGGUAUGUUUCUAAAGCUAAGAUAUUGUUGACACAAUGAUAAAGUGAGGCAUUGAGCAAGGACUUGAUUUCAUCUUUUUCUUGUAAUGAAGAAAUAGUUAUAGUCCUUUAUGCUAGAAAACUUUUGUGUAGGUAUGGUAUUGCUUCCAAAAUUUGUGCUAGCAAUUAGGGCGAAAUCAAGUAAGGUUCCUGGGAAGUUAAAUAUUACUUCUAUGCCUUGGGAUGAUUCAAAUCUUGUGUGGAAUAUGCCUCAACCAGCUGCUGCUACAAUGCCUCCCUCUAACUCCCUAAGACUUCUCCAAUAUCAGUUGCCACCCCUCCUACUACAGGAAGUUUAGGUUCAGUUUGCUGGUUUGAGGAUGACUGGGUUAACAUUAGCAAGCAUGUCAGGCAAUGGUCUCUCCCGUGUGAAGCACCUGAGUGCAUUCAAGCAUUCUUUUUGGGGAUCUUAUACAUUGUUUUCAGGUUGAUUUCCUCUCAAAAACUUCCAAAGGAUGACAGCAUUCAAGCAUCAUGAGGGAGUAUAUAUUUCUUUAAACUCAAACCCUUCUUAGGGUUCAAUUUCCGGAUGCUUUCAAAAAUUUCUGGAAGGUAAAGAUUCAGCCCUUACCUUGAUGUGCAAAGGCGGAAGCACAAUAUCUUUUUCAACCCUUACAACAUUGUACCUUUGGGGAAGAUUUGCCGUCAACCCUUAACCAAACAAAAAACUAACACGGAACCUUCUAAAGCAACUGCCGAAGGUUACUAAUUCAGCAGCUGAGACAAUGCAGAAGCACAAUCUAGAUGCAUCCAGGUCAGCCCAAGUUCUCGUGCUGCUCAAACUGGAAAUCCAGGAUCUAAAACUGUUGCUGCUGUCAAUGGAAAUCCAGGAAAGUGGCAUAUUUAUUUAACUUGAUUAUAGUAUCCUAAUUGAUACCAUGUGUGAAGUUGGGCAUUUCAAAGUUGCAAAGGAAUUAUUCAUGAACUUUCAGUCAAUGGUUUAAAAUCGAAUGUGUACAUGUAUGGUAACCCCUAAAAUGAUUUAUGGACUUUGUAAAGUGGGUUUUCUGGAUGAUGCAUACCAGUUGUUAGGAGCAUCGAGAUAAUGGUUGUUUUCCUAAUAGCUACUGUGAUAAUGUAAUGAUCCAGGUGUUCCUGAAAACGGCUAUACCUCAAAGGCAACACAGCUUCUUCGAUUGUUUUAUAGUUAACUUGGAUAUUAUGCGCCACGACGAUUCGUAUCCUAUGGGAAAUAUGCCUCAACUCAUCGGGACUGCUCCUAUGUCUACCACCGUUUCCUGCUACUACUGGGUCAGGUAUCCAGGUGCAUCAUCACGUUGUUUAUGAAGAUAAUGGUAUCCUGUGAAUCAAGUCAACAGAUUAACUCGUUCUAAAAGCAUGAGAUGUCUUCCAAAUGCAAUGCAAUGCAUGCUGACAUGUAUGAUAUUUAAAAAGGGCUUAACGAUAAAUUUGGCCACUAACGUUUAUAUGUUUUGUCAUAAUGGCUGUAAGUGUAUUUUUGAGCUUUUUUUUUACCAUCAACUUUUUUUUUUCAAUCUUUUUUUUAAUAGAUUUAAUGAAUAAAUUCUAAGUUUCAAUUUUUCUUUUCU